UUCCAUCUACCGUAAUGGCGUCCAGGCUGUAUCCACUUACUUGUACAUCGUUUUGAGUGAAAUGGCCAUAUUUUUCCACCAAGAUGUACGAGACGUUUUUCAAAACCGAAAAGUUAUUGUUAUUGGUGACUCCAUCCAGCGUUCUGUAUACAAAGAUCUUGUCUGCCUCUGGACGCAAAAAGACAGUCGUUAUCUGAUGCAAAGAGAGCUUCGCGCGAAGGGCGAACUUGCAUUUCUCGGUGACAAAUUGCUUAGCGGUGGAAAGCUUGAAGGAAAAAUGGUGAAUGGGGUCAGUUACAGAGAGGUGCGAGAAUUUAAGGACAACGAGGUUUCCUUCAAGUAUUACUUUGUGACUCGGGCUUACAGUGAACACAUGACAUCGAUUCUGAAUGAGUUGAAAACAUGUGGACCCGACAUUAUUAUUAUGAAUUCAACCUUUUGGGAUUUGCAUCAUUACGGCGAUAAUGAUUUACAGCAGUAUCAAGAGAACUUAGACAAGCUUUUGAAGGGAAUAAACGAAAUAUUUCCUUUGAGUUUAUUGUUCAUUUGGAACGCUGCCUUACCUCUAGCUGAGCGCUGCAAGGGAGGUUUUCUUCGCAAAGGAUUUCUCACAAUCCCAGUGGAUAAGAUCAUGAAGGCGAAUAAUCUCGCACGGUUCGCUACCUCAAGUCAGCAGAAAAUCUUUUUGGAUUUGUUCACCGAGUUGAGAAACAGGGAUAAUUUUACCCAAGCCGAAGACGGGAUUCAUUGGGGAAUGCGAGCGCAUCGCAAAAUUUCAAAUCUUAUUUUGACGGAAGUCUGCACCUCAUGGAAUAAGAAAUUACCCGACCCUCCCCAGCUGCCGAACCGGCCAGACAAUAGGAAUUCCUCUCCAAUACCUUGGUCGAGCUAUUACCCAGAUAAUCGCGACUCAAACGAUUGGAAUUCGUCUUCUUACAACGGUGGCUACGACGUGGACUACAUUUUGCCAUACUGGGAUUCGCAUUUCACAUCAUCAAUGCAUGAUAGAUAUCAAAUCCCUUCGCGGCUCCUUUCUGGAGGCUUGAGCAGCCCUUUUGAUUACGGCCGUAAUUUUAACUUGGGUUACAGUGUCCCCUAUGGCUCCCAAAGGGUACAAGAAUAUCAACCAAUUCAGACAGUCAUUCCCUAUGUUUUUCCAAGUUAUUAUCCACCAGUGCAAGAAAUGAAUUUUAAUUUUGCAACUCCAGUGGGUCCUCAUCAUCCACCCAAGUAUCUUUUCAAACCUGCUUAUUCUGACCCCUUUCCAAUGAAGUCUUACAGUCCAUUGACUAGUAACCAUUUCAGUUCCCUUGUAGGGAGGGCUCCAGGCUUUCUGCCGACCCCUCCUGGAACUCCAUCUUAUGCUGUUUAUAGAGAUGGCAGCUCUAGUUAUAAAGAUCGUUUUAAGAAGUUAAGUAACCCAAGUGUGAGAGGGCGCAAAUUCAAGUCAAGCUCCUCCACUUCUGAAAACACUGCACAAAACAGACAGAGUCAAACACCCCAAAAUUCAGCUAGUAAUAAAAAUUCAGGUUCUGCUUCUGCCACGAAUGGCUCUGAAUUGUCAGAUCAAAACAACAAUGAGGCACAAGGUAGCUCCAUUGAUGAGUCUUUCCCAAAACCAAAUGAUAAAAAUGUAGUUGUAGAAACUGGGGAAUCCCCUACAGAUGAAACAAAAUCUCCAUUGAGUUCAGCUAAUCCAGGGGGGAGCAGUGACCCUGUAUCAGAUGUGAAUGCAGAAUUCCCAGAUGACAAAAAUGGUGGUGAACAGAAAGGUAAAUCUUUAAAAGGCAACAAAGAGAUGUGCGGAACAAAGAGGAACGUUGAUGAUGAGGUGAAGAUUUCUGCUGUUGUGAGUGAUGACGCAAAACCUGGAGCAAAGAGAAAAUUUGAUGGUGAUGAGUAUGCCACAGCAGAAGAUGUAAAUACAUCUGGCAUAAAGAGGAAGUGCAACGAGGACAAGAUGGCUCUGGCCGAGGAUUCAAACCCUGGUAAGAUUGCUUCCAAUGAAAGUUUAUUUGCUGAUGGGGACAGUUUACGAUGUGGAAUGAAGAGGAAACUGAAAGAUGUGGAAGAACCAACUGAUGUAAAAGAUGCCCAUGAAAAUGGAUUCUCCCAAGUUGAUGGAGAUUUUCAUGAUUCAAAGAGAAAACACACACUGCUGGAGGUAAAUUUGUCUCAGAAUAACAACAGGGUAGAGCAUGAAGAAACCCAGAUAGCUAAGAAUCUUGCUGUCCAUGAUCAUCUAAGAUGUGCCUUGAAAUAUGAUAGCUUUAUCUAGAACUUUAAGUGCACCUUGUUUUUGCAUUUUCUAAAAGUUUAUAUUUUUUUGAGUGGAUAGAGGUUUGGAACAAUUAAAGAUUCUUUUAUGAUGGAUAUAAGUUAAAAUAUUUUUGAUAACAUCCUUAUAAAUAUUAAGUAAAUGUUAUUUUGUUACUGUUGUCCAUCCAGGGAAGUCUAUCAUGUUAAUGACAUUGAAGUAAGAAAUUUAUGUAUUUAAGUGAAAACUUAGUUCACAUCUUCAUUUUGAUUAGAGUGAUGACAAAUAUUGUAUUUUUAUUGAUAUUUCUAAGGUUGUAUAAAACAAGAUUAUUUUGUUAUAUAUGAUUACAUAUUGAUAAUUAAUUUACACUAUCUAGUAAACAUGUGGCUUUAACUGUUGCUGGUCGCACCGGAUAACAAAAACUGGAUUGGGACAGUGCAGCUUCUGAAACUAAACUGAAGACUUUUUACAAACAAGUAAGGAGGGUUAGUUUCUAAAGAAACUGUGGUGCUGUGUCAGUGAGGGUAACAAGGUUAUUUGGUUAUUUC